AUGCAAGCCGACUUCCCCUUUUCGCUGGAUAAGCUUGGCACGCCCAGCCCUGGAAAGCGAGGGGUGGUGCUACUCGCAUGCGGUUCGUUCUCGCCCAUCACCAACAUGCACCUCCGUAUUUUUGAGGACGCCCGCACCUGGUUCCAGAUUCGCGACUUGGGUCUGGAGGUGGUGGGCGGUUAUCUCUCGCCCGUCACCGACGCCUACAAGAAGAAGGGCCUUGCGUCGGCCACCCAUCGGCUGGAAAUGUGCAAGCGGGCGGUCGAGAACUCGGACUGGAUCAACGUCGACGGCUGGGAGGCCGCCCAGGACGAAUUCCAGCGCACAGUGGUGGUGCUGCAGUACUUUGACCGCAAGAUCAACGAGAACAGAAGCGAGGAGGACCGCCUCCAGGUGAUGCUCCUAUGCGGCUCCGAUCUCCUGGCAUCGUUCAACACGCCGGGCGUGUGGGCAGACGAAGAUUUGGAGGUGAUCCUCGGCAAGUAUGGCGUGGCGUGCAUCCAGCGCGAGGGAUCCGAUGCGAUGAAGUCGAUUGUUUCCAGCGACAUCCUCUUCAGGCACCUGAACAACAUUCACCUUGUGCCGACGUGGAUUCCCAACGACGUCAGCUCCACCAGGAUCAGACAAAUGCUGAAUCGUGGUCUGUCGGUCAAGUACUUCAUGCCGGACCGCGUCAUCCAGUACAUCCAAGAGAACAACCUCUACGCCAACCCGCCCGCGUGA